AUGCGUGAUCCGACAAUACAAGGCCCAGUCAACCCUUUUCGAGUGACCGAGAACGCCUGUCUCGAAGCGAAGGAGUGGGGUCCUAUUCUUCAACCAUGUCUUGAGCAUGCGUUGACUUCUCAAGGGCGGUAUACCGCCGAAGAUAUCAGUCGCCAUGUUGAGUUUUUCCGCAAUUAUGGUAAGCAGCAAAAGGGACGACCAGUUGUCCGCUAUGUCGUCGAUAUCAUCCCUCCGAAUUUAGAAACGUCCCGGGUAACUGCAUUCAAAACAGCCCUAGCCGUUAUUGAGAGGCUUAAACAGACUGAUUUGAAAUCCACAAAUGGACUGGUAUUGCGUAUCUUUCCGGAGCUAUGGACGAAGGUUACCAGAGAAAUGAUCGAAUUGGAGCAUCAAGCUCAUCACUCGACCAUGUGCUCUAGGUGCUCGCCAUCCGGGGUCUUCGUCGCCUUUGACCUGGUCGCUUCUGAGGCAUAUGCCAGAUUCUACUGGCUAUUCCCAGUUUGCCUGGAGACAGCGGAUGUUUGUCAAGGUAUUACGCGCACGAUGCGAUCAUGUAUUGCAGUCGAACCCGAUUUUUCGACAGUACUGGAGAGCUGGUCAAAGGUCCAGCAAUAUAUCAGUCGCUAUCCGAACGUGCUGCAACCCCGGAUGCUCUCGAUCGAUACAACUAGAUAUCCACAGUGGCGAGUGAAAGUAUAUGUUCGAUGUAUCUUCCGGGAAACAAAUCGCUUUGAAGACCUCGAACCUCAUUUGACCUUGGGAGGCGCUAUUAGUCUUUCCGUGUCAUUCCGCGAGACCUGCCACAACCUGUGGACUUCCCUCACCAGUCAGGGUCUGGACUCUAUUCCAGGUGCCAAAAUAUUGUCUUCUGAUGAGAUUCCCCGUGUCGAUUCGUUCGUUGCUCGAUGUCUCCAUGGUAGCUGUCCGGUUCUGCGGGAUGCUGCAAUCAUCAAGGAAAAUAAACAACCGACCGAUCCUACUGCGUAUAUCUGCGAUGAAUCCAUUGUUCAAUCAACUCUUCGAACCGCCUCGCCAAGUGGGUCCCUUGGUCGCGAAAAUGAGGCAAAAAGACACGCUGCUGGGAGAAUCACCACCGCAUUCCCACCCUCGUUUUACCACCAGGCACCGGCCAUGGGACUCACACGGCACAAGGCGGCGGUGUCACGGAUUGCCAGCAGCAUCCGCGGCUUCUACGAACGCAAGGAACCCUUCCGGAUCAACCACGGCUCGACGAACAGCACGCGACCGAUCCGCCGCGACCGCCAAGUCGACAUCGGUGACCUGCGCAAUGUCCUCCAAGUCGAUCCGUCAACGCGUAGGGCGCUCGUCGAGCCCAAUGUCCCCAUGGACCGACUCGUCGAGGCCACUAUGAAGUACGGGCUGGUGCCGCCGGUGGUGAUGGAGUUUCCGGGGAUCACAACGGGUGGAGGGUUUGCGGGAACGGCCGGCGAGAGCUCGAGUUUCAAGUACGGGUUUUUUGACAAGACGAUCCAUUCGGUGGAGAUGGUUCUGGCAGAUGGCAGUGUGGUGAAUGCGUCGGAGACGGAAAAUGCGGACCUCUUCCACGGCGCGGCUGGUGCGGUUGGGAGUUUGGGCGUCACGACGCUAAUUGAGUUGCAGUUGAUCGAGGCGAAGAUGUUCGUCAAGGCGACCUAUCACCCCCAACGCAGUGUCGGGGAUUCCGUACGCUCGGUGCACGAACAUACUCUGAACGACCGGAAUCACUAUGUCGAUGGGAUCCUCUACGGACAGGAACACGGGGUUGUGGUCGCGGGUGAAAUGACGGACGAGUUACCCUCCGCGACACAGGUGCAGACCUUCAGCCAUGCUUGGGAUCUCUGGUACUAUCUGCAUGUUAAGGAUAAGACAAGGAAAUCUGGGGCCCCCGUGACGGACUACAUCCCGCUGGCCGAAUAUCUGUUCCGUUAUGACCGUGCAGGUUUCUGGGUUGGCCGGUCUGCGUUCGAAUACUUUCAUUUCCCCUUCAACCGGCUGACGCGGUGGUGGUUGGACGACUUCUUACACACACGGAUGCUCUACAAGGCCCUCCAUGCCAGCGGGGAGUCGAGUCGGUACAUGAUCCAAGACCUGGCGUUGCCGUACUCCACAGCGGAGUCCUUCAUUGACUACACGAGCGAUAAACUGGGGAUCUGGCCGCUGUGGCUCUGCCCUCUCAAGCAGAGCCCGGCACCUACAUUCCAUCCUCACGAGACUACGGUGAAAAGUGAGGGCUUCACACCGGGGCAGAUGCUGAACAUUGGAGUAUGGGGAUUCGGACCCAAGGACCCGGACACGUUUGUUGCGGCAAAUCGUGACCUCGAACGACGCCUGCGGGAGCUCGGUGGCAUGAAGUGGUUCUAUGCCCAUACCUACUACAACCAGGACGAGUUCUGGGGCAUGUACGACCAGAAAUGGUAUGAUGGUCUACGACAGAAGUAUUCGGCUCAGACCCUGCCUAGUGUGUAUGAUAAGGUGCGCAUCGAUGUUGAGGCAGAUCGGAAGGAGCGCAGCGAAUCCUGGAGUCGCAAGUUGCGUGAUAUCUGGCCGCUAGGUGGGCUUUGGGGCAUUCGCAAGGCGAUUGAGAGCAAGGAUUAUUUCAUCCAUCGGGACUCGGAAUGGAAGUGGAAAGGAUAA